AUGAUUCCACAUCGACUAAACAUCAAUAAUCUGCCCGAAGUCGCCACGGCCCCCGAGAAAAGUAUCAGAAACACUCAAAAGACACCAUUGCGCACCUGUUCCCGCCGUUCUCUGAAGAGACGGCAUACUUCACCUUCGGCGCCAGAUGUCGAGCACUUCCUCAGCCGUACUGAAAGUCUUACUGUGACGGGGACAGCGACAGCCAACGGACCCAAUGAGAAUAACAACCAACAGUCUUCACGGCCCAUUGUAAAUGCAGGUCGUAAGCGCAUGAGAUUCUCCUUGGCCUUCGCGGAGGACAAGACACCAAGCAACCUCGCUUGGGAGGCGCUUGCCUCAUCCGCACCUGUGCUGGCACGAGACGAUGAUGAUCUUAUCGGGGAGCAAGGCUCAUACGAUGCCCAUGUCGUCGAAUGCUCACUUGGCCACCAGGGGCCAAAUGAGCAGCACCCACUUGUCGAGGACACGCUGGCCGAUCAUACAAGUGGCUUGAUCAUUGAGACAAGUGACGAUGGAGGCAUCAGUGAAGAGGGCACGCCAGAGGGUCGUGAAGAAACGGCUCCCAGAAAAGCAGACCCCGAGGCUGGGGCUCUAGAGAGUAUGAGCUUGGAUGAAUACGACGGUGAAGAAGACUCGUCCGAGCCCGAGGAAGAUGAAGACGCCGACACCACCGCUUUGACACCGUCAUCUGAAGGCGAUAGCUUCUCCUUUCCCGCCACCUCAGGAAGCCAGAAGCCAAAAGUCAGAGGUCGCUUUCUGAUAUUCGACAGAUCUCCACCCAAGGGCUUCAAGGUGCUGCACAAGCCUCGGGUCAAAAAAGAGGCGGAUCCGCCGCUGAAAAACAAAAGGAAGACGCUGACUGACGGAUUCACCGAGGACGAGGCGCGGCCCAGCUUCCUCGGGAAAAGAAGACGGCUUCAACACCUUGACAUAAAUGUUGGGAGCCUGGACCUGACUCAGAGCGGCGGCGCGUCACAGCAGAGGCAAAGGAACCUAAGCCCAAAAACAGAUUUGCGAACUCAAUCUCGAACGGCUGCUAGUCUUUGGCGUGGACGGCAGUAUUUCAGCGCGUCGCAGUUCAAAAUCGAGUCUCAAGGUUCUGUUAAGCCUUCCGAGGUGAAGAAAAUGCCAACCAAAACACACAAGCAUACGCUUAACCAACAUAACAGGCAAAUUCCUCGGGUUGACAACUUUCGCUCCGUAAUCAUUCCACGGACCGACUCUCCUCAAGCAGAGCAUACUACCAAGGCGGAAUUAGCAGGCGAGGCUCCAGGCGAGCUAGUAUGGGAUUCAAGUCCAAUAAUGCACCUCCUUCCGAAGCAACGCUUGAACGGACAGAUCGAAAAGUCGGGCUCGCUCACACUUCGUCCUGGCCCACCUGGCCCGCUCGAGCCUGACUUGAUGAUUCCUGAGACACCUGUUCUGAAUGACGAUGCACUUCCGUAA